UUUAAUUUUGAAUUCUUCUUUAUGGUGUGGAAGAGGCUCCGACCCGAACUUCGUCUAGUCCUCAGACUUUUAGACUAAAAUCAUGCCCAAGUUCAAACAACGAAGAAGAAAGCUAAGAGCCAAAGCCAAACGAUUAUUUAAGAAAAAAGAAGCCUCCCUAGUCCAGCCUCAGCUAUUGACCCCUCCCCCUCCACCACCCACACCAGAAAGAGUGGUUACUUCUUCAACAGAUAUACCCCAAAGCAGAAACUGGCUAAGACGACCUUGGAGCUUCAGAUUUCCCAAUGUCAAAGAUGUGCUAAACCUUUGGACGAAUAGAGCAUGGUGCAUAUACAAUCACUGUCAGACCUGUGUAGCCCAGAGUUUAGAAGCACUGAGAGAUGCCAUCUUCCCUUCCCGAGUCUACCACAGAGAACUUCACAGUCUAAAACAACAAUUUUGUGUUUUGAAAAGUGAUUUAUGCAAGCUCCAAGAAACACUGAAGACCAUCUCGGAAAGUUCUUCUUGUUCAAGCUGUUGCCAUGCGUGUGGCGUGAGUGAUAAACUUACAGAUGUGCCUGCCUGUGCUCCAGCAACCCCUGGAGAAUCCCAAACUGUGCAUCCUCCCACAGUGCCACAGCCAGCCAGUCAUCCUCCCCCUCCCCCUCCCCCCCCUCCUCCUCCGCUUCCUCCACCUCCACCACCCCUAGCGCCUUUGCUGCGCAGAAAACCUGGCACUACUAGAGCACUUCAGACUGAACCAUUAAAGAAAGAUGGACCCAUGCAUAUAACAGUUAAAGAUCUACUCACUGUAAAAUUGAAAAAGACACAAAGUAUUGAAGAAAGAAAGAAGCUUGUACCAUCGCCACCAGAACAACGGAAUCCACUAGUUACUAUCUCUGAUCUGCAGCGUAUUACUCUGAAGCCCAACUCCAGGGUGUUAGCAACACGCGUUAAAAAUGUCCUAAUUGCUCCUGGUAAAAGCCAAAUAGAUCUACGGAAACUGCUGAGGAAAGUCGAUGUAGACAGGAGCCCAGGUGGGACCCCUCUUACCAAUAAAGAAAAUAUGGAAACAGGAACUGGACUGACUCCAGUCAUGACUCAGGCCUUAAGGAGAAAGUUCCAGCUGGCUCACCCUAAAAGCCCAACUCAGUCUCUGCCACUUCAUACAAGCAGCUUCGAUGAACAAAACUGAGGCCAGCUCUGCCUGACUCCAAGGAGAAAUCGACACGAUGACAGAUCAAGUCCCCUAAAUUUUAAUGUACUAAAAUAUGUAUAGCUCUAUGAAUGUAAUUCUACUUGAAGAAUCAGAGUGAGUACAUAUGUAAUAUACACACAUUGUGACAUAAGGAGAGAAUUUAGAUAUAUUCUGAUGAUUAUGAUAGUAAUCUGCAAAGUAAUGUUUACCCUGGAAUUAGCCAAUUUAGGUUAGAGUCGCUAUUCAGAUUUCAUUUCAUAGGGGCUGGCAACACGGUUUAAUGGGCAAAGGCACUUACCAAGGGCCCAGAUGGAAGGAAGAAGGAACUCUCACCAGAGGUCCUCUGACCUCCACAUAUACGCUAUGAUAUGUGCUUCCUUCAACACACCAAGUUAAUAAAUUUGUUAAAAAUAGUAUCAAUGGUAUAACUAGUUUAUUAUAUAAAUAUAGUUCUGACAUAAAAUAGUCUGAGUACUAGAGAAAAUGGCUCAGCAGUGAAGAGCACUCCAGCUUUUGCAGAGGACCCAAGUUCAGGUCCCAGCACUCAAUUGAAGUGGCUUUCAGACGCUCCAAGUGACUCACUGCCUUCUGGCCCAGACUGGCACCUGCACUCACAUGUACAUAGGCACACAGACACGUAACUAAGAAUAUAAAAUUUUAAAAAUAAAGAACAUAACCUGGUUCCCACUAAUCUAAGGCUGAUUCAUUCAUUGCUACAAACUUGAUUCAUAAAAUAAGACUCUCUAUUGGGCAGAGUGACACAUGUUUUCAAUCCCAGUACUUAGAAGACAGAAGCCUGGGAGUUUGAGGACAGUCUGGUCUGUAUAUUAGUUUCAGAAUGGUCAGAACUAUACAGUGAGACCCUGUCUUAAAGUAAAUAAACAAGUAAUUUAGAGGAAAAAAAAAGAAAACAAUUCAAUGUGACUUGAAAAAUUCGAAAGGACCCUGUGUUUGCUUGAAAUGGAAGUCUUAAAUUAUAGCCCAGGAUGGCCUGGAACUCAUGGAAAUCCUCGGUUCUCAACUGGAAGUACAGGGGUGAGCUACCAUAUCUGGCUAAAAGGUAAUGACACAUUGCUAAAAUGACAUGGCCCCUUAGGUAGCUGGUUUCAUAUGGCUCACUGAGACACCUUUUUUCUUCUUUUUCUUCUUGAAGCUGAACCCAGGGCCUCACAACAUGCUAAGUACACGUUCCCUAAGCUAUAUCCUCAGCCUUGUAUUCUCUACUUUUUAUAUCUACUGUCCAUUGUCCUGUGGUCAAAUAAAUUUUUAUUGAUUUCAGCAUGAAACUUCUGUUUACCAGAAUGCCUUGCCAAGGAUUCUCUGUGGUCCACGGCAGUUUUACCGAAAAGCUCAUUUCCUGGUUCUUACCAGUCUGGGUAUUCCCUAACAAUAAUGAUGUGUCUCUCACUGGUCUUCAUUCAUUCUUGCCAGUCUAGAGUGUCACAUUUAGCAAAUAAAAAUAUAAGAUACUCAAUUAAAUUUGAAUUAUAGAUAAACCACAAAUAAGCUUUAAGUAUAAAUCUGUCCUACUAAACAAGAAAUAUUUGAGUAUUACAGAUCAUAUUCAAGGCCAUGUACAUGCUGAGCUAGUAGAAAUAUCUCCUUAAUAUUGAAUGAAGAGCAAUUACAUUUUUAAAAAAUGUAUUUAGGUCUUUGCAGGGAAUAUAGUACUUGUCUAGAAGGUUCAUAGCCCUGGUUCAAUCCCUAUUACUCCCCCACACACAUAUAAUGGUUAAUCUCAGUUGUCUAUUUCCUAUUAUCUGUAAUCACCUGGGAGAUGGGUUUUCUCAGACAUUAUCUGGAUUAGGUUAAUUGAGGUGGAUGACCUACCCUCUGUGGGUGGCACCAUCCCCUAAGCAGGGAUGCACUGUGACCAGCUGCUUCAGGCUCCUGCUGUCUUGAUCCCCUCCCUCCAGGUGGAGUGUAUGGUAGAGCUGUAAGCCAAACAAACCCUUCCUUCCUAGAUUGAGAUAGGCAUGUAUUUCAUCACAGCAACUACAAGAGUAACUAAUAGAUAAUCAUCUGUACGUAUUUAUGUGUUAUUGUUUAUCUGAAAUUCACAUUUAACUGAUAACUUAUAUUUUACUUAGCUACCUUAUUUGUCCACCCCCGAAAAGUUGCAGUCUAUUUCUGAUAUCCCACAGUUUACUACACAUAUCUUCUUGGCAGUGACCACUGUAUCGCGUCAGCCAGGAUCCUAUCACAUCCGUUCUAAGCAGAAUAGAUGGGUAAUUCCCAUAACGUGAGUGUGACUUGGGGUGCAGAAGUAGCUGUCUUUUUCUCCAGGGCAGAGGGCUCUCAGGGCUUCGAGCAUGCUAGGCAAGUGCUUCCACCACUGAGCCAUACCAUCAGUUCCAGGGUCGCCUCUCAUGGCUGUUAUCCACCUCUACGCUUCCAAGAAUAAAGGCAAUGGCCCCCUUAUCCAUUAAAAACAAAAACAAAACCCCAAAGACUUCAGAUGUUCACUCGGCUUCCUAGUCUGGUAGGAAGAGCCGCAGAGGUAACAGCCUUCACAUUUUAGUCUUCCAGUGCACUGCACCUCUAAAGGUAAUUUAGCAGUCCCCUAAAAAUUCCUGGAGGGUUUUGUUUAAGUUUUUUUGGUUCUAAGGAUUGAACCAGAGCCUUGCACUUGGUAGGUAAGAAACCCAACAAUAGCUCCAUUGUCAAAUCUCUGUAUUUCCACUGAAUGACAUUACUCUGAGAAGUCAAAUCAUGCUGUCAGAAAGUCACCAGACUGGAACACACCUUGAGGCAGUCCUAUUUAUGAGAUCCAUAUUUAUUUUUAUAAUACAAAAAUAUUAUAACUAGAACCAGCUAGAUGGUUGUUUGUGGUUUGUUGAGCCAGGUUUUCAUACAGCCUGUUCUGUUCCAGAACUAUUUAGCUGGGGAUGACCUUGAACUUCUGAUCUUUCCUCCACUUGAAUGCUGGGAUUAAGACACCACCAACAGAGCUUUUUUGAAAACCUGCUAGCUAGUUUGGCAUUAUGUAAAAAUAAGGGAAAUGAUCACUGAAAAUAAAGAAUUCAUAAUAAAAUGGUAUUUUGUGGGGCACUUAUAAUGUUUACAACAUUAAUAAACCAAUAUACACUGUACCAGUGUAACUGAAAUAACUUAAUAAUUCUUAUGGCAUAGAAGGUUCAUUUAAUAAAAAUAAAAUAGCUAGGCUGGACAUGGUGGCUUCUGACAGUUAUCCUAGCUACUUGGAACACUGCGGUGGAGGGAAAUGUAAGUUCAAGGGCAGCAGUCAACCUGGGCAACUUAGUGAGAACCUGUCUCAAAAAAUAGAAAUUUUAUAGGUAAAAUAUUUACAAAGCUGCUAUUGUUGUUGUAUCAGUAUUAAA